GAAAUUUCUAUCAAACCGUUCACAGGUAAAAAAAGAAUACAAAUCAGUAAUCCCUGUUGAUAUUUUUGUGUCUAGCAAUUAUUUAAGGUAUCAGUGGAUACAACGGAAGUAAAUAUUAAGAAAAAAAAAACAAAAGUCAAUGUCAAAUGACAAUGACAAUUUGGUUUCCAGCGGAUGGUAAUAUAAUUGUUGGUACCGGUGCAAAAAAGAAGUUAUUUAGUGGUAUUUUAUAGUCAUAAGUAUUUGAAAAUAUUUACAAUGAGUAGAAAAAAGACGAACUUAGCAAACAAAGAUAUAGAACACUAUCUAGCACAGCUGGAAGAUGGUUGGUUGUCAGAAGACGGGCUAGAAGCUGAUGAAUCUGAUGAUGAAGGUCCAUCAAAUUCACACUAUACUAGAGAUGAACUUCUUCAUCUAUUAGCUGAUGAAAAUGAUAAUGAAGAUGAUCAGCAAGUCAAUGAAGAAGACCCACCUCUUGUUGAAGACCCACAGGAAGAAACAGAAAUUCAAAAUAGUUCUCCUAGUGGUAAUGUUUUAAAUUUCGUAUUGGAUAAAAGGAAACUUGUCUGGAAGAAGAAGAACAUGGAAUUUGAUAAAGAUAAUAUUAGGUUCUUAGGUAGCUCAGCUUUUCCACCUGAAAUAGCUCAGCUAGAAACUCCUUACCAAUGCUUUAAGUAUUUUUUUAAUGAUGAUUUCAUACAGAAAAUUGUAGAAGAAACUAAUUUAUAUGGCAUGCAAAAAGAUCCUAAUAACAAAAUAAUAUACACAGGAUUAGAUAUGCAAAAGUUUUUUGGUAUGUUGCUGUUCAUGUCAGUGCAAAAAUUUCAAAAUACCAGAUCAUAUUGGCAUCCUGUUUAUGGUUAUGGCCCAGUUUCUUGCGUUAUGCCAGUUAACAAAUUUGAAAGAAUAAAACUUUCAUUGCAUUUUCAAAACAAUGAUCUUCACAAGCCUGUUGGCCAUGCUGAUCAUGACCGAUUAUUCAAGAUUCGUCCUGUUAUUGAACACCUCAAAGCAAGGUUUUCUACACUACCUAUGGAUCAACGGCUAUCUGUGGAUGAGCAGAUGUGCGCAACAAAGGUUGCACAUUUUCUUAAGCAGUACCUUCCAAAUAAACCACACAAAUGGGGUUUUAAAUUUUAUGUACUCUGUGAUUUAUCUGGGUUUGCACACACAUUUGAAUUAUAUGCUGGACAAGAAAAUACAGGGACAAUGGAAGGAGAACCAGACAUAGGAGCUACAGGGAAUGUAGUUGUUCGUUUGCUGAGAAGUGUACCAAGGUAUCAAAAUUAUAUAGUGUAUUUUGAUAAUUUUUACACAUCACUGCCUCUAAUUUAUUUUCUCGCUAAACAAGGAAUUCACUGUGUUGGCACUGUCCAGCAAAAUAGGAUCCCUAACUCAAAAUUACCAGAAAAAAAAGAGUUCAUGAAGAAGGCAGUACCAAGAGGCAGUCAUGAAGAAAGAACAUCUACAUUUGAUGGGAUUGAGAUGGCUUGUGUCACUUGGAAGGAUAACAAGAUUGUGACACUGUUAUCAACUUAUGUUGGAGCAGCACCAGUGUCUACUGUCACUAGGUAUGACAAGUCAAAAAAGGAAAAGGUAGAAAUUAAUUGUCCACAAAUUGUCCAUGAAUAUAAUAAGCACAUGGGGGGUGUAGAUUUAAUGGACAGUUUUUUGGGAAGGUUCCAUAUUCCAUUAAGGUCUAAAAAGUGGUACUUGCGCAUCUUUUUUCAUCUACUUGAUUUAACAGUGAUUAAUUCAUGGAUAAUGUACAAAAAAAAUGCAGCAAACAGAAAUAUACCCAAUAAAGAUAUACUUUCAAUGGGCAAUUUUCGUAAUGAAUUGGCACAUGUUUUGUGUACUUUAGGAGCUGACACAGAGGUGAAAAGAGGUCGUCCCAGUACCAGUUUUCUAGAAAAUGAGAUAGAGGCAAAGAGGAAGAGGGGACCAGCCACUGUUGCUCCACCAAAAGAUAUAAGAAGGGAUGGAAUAGAUCACUGGCCACAAGUUGGUGGGUCUCUGCGUUGUAAGUACCCCCAAUGUAGGGGGUACUCUACAAUAACAUGUAGCAAAUGUGGGGUGAAUCUCUGUUUGAAUAAAAAUAAUAACUGUUUUGAAAAUUAUCACAAAAACUGAUUAUUUUUUAAUUAUUACAUUUUGUACUGUGGUCAUUGAUACCAAUUGCAUAAUGAUGGAAAUUUACAUCAUAAGGUUUUUUUUAAAAAAUAAAUACUAAAAAAUGUCA